GUGACUUCCUCUCUGCUCAGCCCUCCGCACAGAGACUUCUGCACUCAGAGCUGAAGGGAAGGCAGGAGGCUGGGGCUUCUCUGGGCCACUUCAGAGUCUAUCACCAAGAAAGGGACUCCUGGGAUCAGGCACAUGGGACCAGAGAGUGCUUGGUUCUAUCAAGUAGCGCUGCAGUCAGAGCAUCUUCGGUGGAAGGGAAGCUGCUUAAAGAGAAGGGCUCAGAAACGGGAAUGAGCACAUGGAUGAGAGUCCUCUGAGACGCAUGGGGGGAAGGAAGAUGGCAAGAGACGAGGAAAGCGCCUAUGGCUCAGAGGAGGAUUCACGGGCCCCACAGAUGCCCCUACUGAGGCUCAUCCUGGUAGGCAGGACCGGGACUGGCAAGAGUGCCACAGGUAACAGCAUCCUGGGCCAGAAGUGCUUCCUUUCCAAGCUGGGGGCUGUGCCUGUCACCAAAGCCUGCUCCUGGGCCAGCAGGAAGUGGGCUGGCUGGCACGUGGAGGUGGUGGACACCCCAGAUGUCUUCAGCUCUGAGGUCUCUCAGAUUGAUCCCACGUGCAAGGAGACAGCCCACUGCUUCCUACUGUCCUCACCUGGGCCGCAUGCACUGCUGCUGGUCACCCAGCUGGGUCGCUUCACUACUCAGGACAGCCAGGCGCUGGCCGGGGUGAAGAGGGUGUUUGGGGAGAAGGUGAUGGCGCGGACUGUUGUGGUGUUCACACGCAAGGAGGACCUGGCUGGAGAGCCUCUUCAGGAUUACGUGCGCUUCACGAACAACCGUGCGCUGCGGGAGCUGGUGGCCGAAUGCGGGGGCCGCGUGUGUGCCCUGAACAACCGCGCCACCGGCCAGGAGCGCGAGGAACAAGCUGAACAGCUGCUGGGCCUGGUCGCUGGGCUAGUGAGGGAGCAUGGGGGCACGUACUACACCAACGAAGUGUAUGAUCUGGUGAGGACCCUGCGGGGCGCUGACCCCCAGGACCAACUCACCAAGGUGGCAGAGAUGGUGGCAGCACGGAUGCAGAGGCCCCUGCCCACCAGGCUGCUAACUGGGCUGUGGAAAUGGAUGAUAUCCUACUGGCCAGGCAGGAGACGGGGCGUGACUAUCUUCCUGGGUGUAGCCAUCCUGAUCUGCUUACUGUACCACAGAAUGAUGCCCCAGGCCAUCGGGGACCGGGAUAGCAGAUAACACUGGUCUUAGAAGAUGUUAUAUCUAGGAAGGAAAUCUUAUAAAAAUUGAUUUUUACUUGGAACUCUGCUCAGAGUUCACAGUACCGGGAACAGGACAACAGCUUUGCAAAGGCUGGGAGGUGAUGAGCCUCAACUUUAACUAUAUGCAUUCAGAGUUUUAAAAAUAAAUUUGUCUAACUAAAGCUUCCUUUAGACAUUUCCAUCGUCUCUGUGGGUCAUUCUUCCCUUGAAAUAGUGAACACACCUGGUAGCUUGUAAAUGGGGACAAAAUCACAGCACAAAAAGAACGAGCAUUUUCUUUUCUUUUUUAUAUUUAUUCUUUGAUAAUUCCAUAUAAUAUAUUUUGGUCAUAUUCUCUCACUUUCCCCAAGUAAGUCCUCCCAAAUCCUCUCCACCUCCCUCCUCUCUGAACUUGAUGUUUUUUAUGCCUUAACAACAACAUGAAGUUGGAUUUGUUGGCCAAGUACUCCUGAGCCUGAGGCCUGCCCUGGGAUGUGAUCGACAUGUCCAGUGUCAUCUCCUUGAAGAAAACCGAUUUUCCUUCUCCCGGGUGUUAUAACUCGUGAAUAGCUUCUCGGCAGGAGUGGGGGUUUUGCCUGGCUUGCCCUUGCUCAGGUGUUGUGCGUGCCCUCACAGCCUGUGUGAGCUCCUAUGUGCACCGCCCUCUUCUGUCUGGUAAACUGUUCUCUUGCAGUCACCCACCACCUCUGGCUCUUACAGUCCUCCUGGCCUCCCUUCCACAGAGAUCUCUAGUGACAUAAGCUGGCCAGAGAUUUCCUUCCUUGUUCAAACCAAAGCAAAGGGUCUGGAAUUUUGCUUCCUUAAUUAACAGUAACAAUGAGAGAAGAGUCCUGAACUCUGAGGUUUCUGAGAGUCUGGCCUUGUCUGAAGAGUUACACCCUGUCAGGAUGGAUCAUGGCCGGUUGAUUUCCUCACCC